AAACAACAACACUUAGAUACAAAUCAAUUAUACAAACUAAACAUUUGUUUUUAUUUCCGCAUAGAUAAGGGGGAGUGUCUGCGACUAGACUACACUACGUCUACGUCGUACCAGUCAACUUGUGAAAAGAUUAGAUCUAGAGAUAGAUUCAAACUUUGUUUAUUCAUAUAGCUGAAGUUUUUGAAGAGCUCAAGAAAGAAGACUCAAUUAGUACUUUGGUAUCUUGAAUAUAUAAUAUAGACUACAAGAAAAAAAAUGUCAUCUAAUGUAAGUGUUUGUGAGAUGUCACAGGAAGUUAUUGACCUUCUAAAGAAAUUUAAACUCAGGAAAGAAAAGAAUAUUGCUGCCAUUGUUUUAAAAAUUGACAGAGCAUCACUGAAAAUUGUUCUUGAUGAAGAGUAUAAUGACAUAUCAGUGUCAGACCUACAAGAGGAAUUACCUUCCCAGCAGCCUCGAUAUGUAUGUCUAAGUUAUGUACAGAAUCACAGCGAUGGAAGAGUUUCUUAUCCUCUCAUAUUUGUUUUCAUUUCUCCACCUGGUGUCAGUCCAGAGCUACAGAUGAUGUAUGCAGGCUCCAAGACCAAAGCAGUUAAAGAUGGAGAUUUUACUAAGGUGAUUGAACUGAGAAGUUUAGAGGAUUUAACAGAAGAGACAAUCUUGGACAAACUCAAACUGUUUAAAUAAGUUGUCGUCACUGGUGGAAUGACAUUUUGAUUUUCAAUUCUCACAAGAAAGAAAAUUUAAAAAACAAAAAUCAAUAUAAAAAAACAUUUUUUACAAAUGUUUAUUGAAAAAUGAAUCUUUUACAUACUAUGCAAAAGUCUCUUUAACUUUCUUCUGAUUCUUGAAACUUACAUUGCAUAUUACAUGAUAAAAUUUAGCAUUUAUUUAGGAAUAUUUCCUCUUUAACCUGGUGAACAGGAAGUAACAAUCAAUUGUGUCAGUUGAAUGUCAGAUUGACAACUCCUCUCUCCAGAUUUGUUUGAUCAUGUUAUUAUUUGAACGCACAAAUGGAGUGUGGAUGAUACUAUUUUAAAAUGUAUUUAUUUUACUGUGUUCAUUCUGCUUAGAACUGCUGGCAAGUGUUUCACUUUUGAGCUUCUGGAAAACACACCUACAUGGCAAGUUUAUUUUUAAAAGAAACAUUCUCUGUUUAAUAAGAACAUUUUGUUACAUUUUUUUGUUUUAUUGUGAAAUAUUUACAACUCCUCAUCAUAACAAUGAGAUUACAAACUCAGUCCUACAACAAAUAAAAAAAAGAUUCAGUGCCUGUAUAUUUUUAUUUGCAUGAGCUCAGCUUCUAUUAUAUUUUUUUGAUAUUUAUAUAUUAAAGUGUAAAUGAUAACAAUA